GAGCUUUUCAUCUACUCCCUUUCCCCUCCCAGAUUUCCCUCCUCCUUCCCCCCCCCCACUCAUCUGUGCCGUUUCACCCCUCCAUCCUUUUGCAGCAGCUCUGUAGGUUAGUAUUAGAAUGCAUUGCUGCAGCAGACAUCUAGCUGCCUUCCACUGGAUCUGCCUCCUUAUCCAAUGCUGCUGCUUGGUCUCUGCCUCUGAUUUGCAACUUACAAGUCCCAUUGGAGAGAAUGCCCCAUUUUUGGUUUAUAGCCCAGAUGUUGCUGGAUGCCUGGCAGUUCGAGAUUCCGUAGUGCGUCUGCAACGGCCCUGUAAUGCCAGUUCUCUUGACCAACAAUGGCUAUGGGUCUCACGACGUCGGCUUUUUAACUUGGGAUCUCUCCAGUGCUUAUGGGUCCCUUCGCCAUCCAAUGGCACCAGCUCUACCAUCUCCACCUUCCAAUGCGACCAUGAAAAUUUCCACACGAUCCGGCGCUGCGAGUCCCAGCUGGAGCAGCUCUCCAAUGCUCUGUUGCCACGGACUACUAAUACUACAGGCAUUCAGGAGCCACCGGCCAAGCCAGCCAGUCAAUGGCUCAUAAAUGGAACCAAUCAAAGCAUCUGCUCUGCUGUUUUUUGGGAUAUUUACACUAUACAAGGAAACUCCAAUGGGCGUCCUUGUGCGAUUCCAUUUAAAUACGACAACCAGUGGUUUUACAGCUGCACGAGCACAGGAAGGGAAGACGGCCAUCUUUGGUGUGCGACCACUGUCGAUUACGGAAAAGAUGAAAAGUGGGGUUUCUGCCCAGUAAAAAAUGAUGAUUGUGAGGCAUUUUGGGACAAAGAUCCCCUGACUCAGAACUGCUAUCAAUUUAAUUUUCAGUCGUCUCUGUCAUGGAGCGAGGCUUGGACAAGUUGCAGGCAGCAAGACGCUCACCUCCUCAGCAUCACUGAAAUCCAUGAGCAGACGUAUAUCAACGGGUUGCUGACUGGAUACACAUCUACACUAUGGAUGGGACUCAAUGAUCUGGACACUAAUGGGGGUUGGCAGUGGUCAGAUAGUUCCCCACUAAAGUAUCUGAACUGGGAAAGUGAGCAGCCAAGUAAUUCCAUGGAGGAGAACUGUGCUGUUAUUCGAACAGAAUCCUUGGGCGCAUGGCAGAACCGCAUCUGUGGGAACGCUCUUCCCUAUGCCUGUAAGAAGAUCCCAGUAUCCAGCAGGAAUUCCCCGCCUAUAGACCCUCAGGAUUCAGAUGUGGCUAUUGAUUGUGAUCCUGGAUGGCAGAGUUUUGGGACUAACUGCUACCGAGUCAACAGUGAGAAGAAGACAUGGCAGGAGGCCAGGAAGGCAUGUGUGAGGGUAGAGGCCAACCUUGUCAGCAUUCACUCUAUGCUCGAACUGGAAUUUGUAUCCAAACAAAUUAAGCAAGAUGUGGAGGAACUGUGGAUUGGUCUCAAUGAUCUGAAACAUCAAAUGAACUUUGAGUGGUCCGAUGGAAGUUCUGUCACCUUCACUUCUUGGCACCCCUUUGAGCCCAACAAUUUCCGUGACAGCAUGGAAGACUGUGUGACAAUCUGGGGACCAGAGGGUAGAUGGAAUGAUAGCCCGUGCAACCAGACCCUGCCGUCCAUUUGUAAGAAACUAGGAAACGCCAAUCAGGGAGGAAAUGUGGAUAAUCAUGGCUGCCAAAAGGGAUGGAGUUGGCACAGUCCCUCAUGCUACUGGCUGAGUGACGAGUCGGCAACCUACAGUGAGGCCACAAAAGCCUGCUCUGACCGAAAGGCCAGGCUAGUGACUGUCCAGAACAGGUUUGAUCAGGCCUAUGUUAACAGCCUCUUGUAUGGAUCGGACGGAAGCUACUACUGGACUGCCCUGCAGGAUUUAAAUGACACCGGCACUUUCCGUUGGCUCGGUAGCGAAGAAGUCGUAUACACACACUGGAACCGGGAUCAACCCGGUUACGAUAAAGGGGGAUGUGUUACUUUGGCCACAGGCAGAUCCUUGGGCCUAUGGGAGGUAAAAGACUGCACUGAAUUCAGGGCCAAGUACAUCUGCAUGCAGACUCUGGUUCCUCUUACGCCUCUCAUUCCUGCUCGUCCCACUCCCAGCCUUAAUGGAAGCUGCCCGGAUGGCUGGAAUUCCGCACCGAACUUGAGAUAUUGCUACAAGGUUUAUCACUCAGAGAAGCUACAGGAUAAGAAAACGUGGAUUUCUGCUCAGCUCUCCUGCAGAGAAAUUGGUGCUCAGUUGCUGAGUGUCUCCAGCGUGGAAGAAGAACAUUUUGUGGGCCAUUUACUAAACAAAAUAUUUGGGGAUUCGGACACAGAUUUUCAUGAACAGCACUGGUUCUGGAUUGGCCUUAACAGAAGGAACCCAAGUGGUGAACAAGGUUGGGUCUGGAGCGAUGGUCAAGGGUAUUCCUACCACAAUUUUGACCGCAGUAACCAUGAUGACGAUGACAUCCGGAGGUGUGUGGUGCUUGACCUGUCAUCCCUGCAGUGGGUGGCUCUUGAGUGUGAGUCCCAAAUGGACUGGAUAUGUAAGCUUCCCAAAGGAACAGAAAUAAAAGAGCCUGAAGUAUCAAAAGGCAGCACUGAGUGGAUAUCUAAUGAGCAUGCAGAGUACAAGUUUUUUGAACACCACUCCACGUGGAUGCAAGCUCGGCGCAUCUGCUCCUGGUUCUCGGCUGAGCUGGUGUCUAUUCACAACCAGGCUGAGUUAGACUUUCUGGGCCAGAGCCUGCAAAAGUUCUCCCGGGGACAAGAGCAGCACUGGUGGAUUGGGCUACAUACCUACGAAAACGAUGGGCGAUUCAGGUGGUCUGAUAGAUCUGUUCUCAGUUUUGUAAACUGGGCCCCUGGCCGGCCUCGUCCCAUCAGCAGGGAGAAGAAAUGUGUGUACAUGACAGCCAGCCGAGGGGAUUGGGGGGACCAGAAGUGUGACACUGCCCUCCCUUAUAUCUGCAAAAGGAUCAAUAGCACUCUACCAGUCCCUACAACACCCCCUAUCCCAACCAAUACUGCUGGUGGCUGUCCACGAAGUUGGCUGCCCUUCCUCAACAAGUGCUUUGGAGUGAGAGCUGACAGUAAGGCAGAGACAAAGACUUGGCAGCAAGCAAGAGAUUCCUGCAAAGUUUUAGGAGGAGAGCUUGCUACAAUCAACAACUACUUGGAGCAAGCGUUUAUCACAUCAAUACUCCCAAAUAUUACCUUCGACCUUUGGAUUGGACUCCAUAAUGCCCGAAAACAGUUCCAGUGGGUGGAAGGUCAAGUCCUGAAUUAUGUCAAUUGGGCACCAAGGGAACCAUCUGGAUAUGGAACAUCUGUUAGCAGCGAGAAGCCAAUAAAUUGCGCCGUGAUCUGGCAUGGGUCCCCUCCUCCAUUCACUGGACGUUGGGAUGACAGGAAUUGCUUGGAAGAGAAGCACGGAUAUAUCUGUCAGAUCAGUAAAGUGGCCUCCCUCAAUCCUCCCGCUGAGCCGUUUCCCCCAGCUCCAGGUUCCAUCCUCCGAUACAGGAACAACUCCUACCUGAUCCUGCAAAAGCCAAUGACCUGGUCAGAUGCUCAUCUGCUGUGUGAGACCCGUAAUGCUACUCUGAGCAGCAUCCCCGACCCUUACCAACAAGCAUAUCUGACCCUGUCAGUAACAGGGAUGAAGACUCCUGUCUGGAUUGGCCUGUCAAACGAGGAGGGGGGUCGAUCCUACUCUUGGCUCACCAAUGAUUCUGUCUCUUACACCAACUGGAGAGACGGGGAACCCCUGCACUUGAGUGGCUGUGUAUACAUGGAUUCCCAGGGAACUUGGAGCACUGCUAGCUGUGAGAGCAAAUUGCAGGGGGCUGUCUGCAAAUUCAAUACAGAGUCACGAAAGAUGCACAAGUGGAGCGAGGCCGGAAGCUGCCCAAGAUCUCUAAGUGACUCCUCUUGGAUUCCAUUCCGUGAUCAUUGCUACUCAUUUCACAUGGAGAUUCGAGUCGGUCAAAGGGAAGCAGCCAAGAAGUGCCAAAAAGCUGGCGGAGAGGUCCUGUCUAUUCUGGAUGAGACAGAGAAUGUUUUUGUUUGGGAACACCUGCAGACGUAUGAAAGCCAAUCCAGAGGAGCCUGGCUGGGCAUGUCCUUUAAUGCUAAAGGUGGUGGUCUAGUGUGGAGUGAUAAUUCUCCAGUCAAUUACUCCAACUGGGGGCAACAAGAUGCAGGUCCCAGUCUGCUGAGUCCUAACUCCUGCUAUUGGGUGCAGGGCAGCAACGGUGUCUGGAACUUGGGAUCCUGCACUAACAACACAAUGGGUGUUAUUUGCAAACUCUCCAGAGCUGAAGAGACAGCGUAUUCUAAAUCUGCAUUCCCUGAGCACACCACUGCCGUGGCAGUAGUGAUUCUAUCCACAACAGCCCUUUGUGUCCUGUUAGUAGUCGUCAUAUAUCUGUACCGGCGUAGGAAACUUGCCACUGAGCGGGGGGCUUUUGAGAGCGCCAGAUACAGCCGCACCAACACCGGCCCAGGGGGCUCAGCGGAGAAGAACAUUCUGGUGUCGGACAUGGAGAUGAAUGAACAGCAGGACUAGGAGGGAGUGGUACAGGCCAUGGAGAAAAGAAAAGGGAAGCAGAGGGGGGAACAGGGACCCAACAUUGACUUUUAUUGCUUCCAGCACAAACGACCCAAGUGGUCAACAUUCUCAGAGGGUGCAGGGUGCCCCCUUCUUGAAUAUGAAUAUGUCCCUAUUCAGUGUUAGAAGGGAGCUGCCAAGCAAUGCUGUGCAAUGCCUUGCCAGCUUCUCAAUUUUUUUUUUUUUUUUCUAAACAAAAGCUGCAUCUCUGGACUGCCCACUAUUUCCCCAUACUUUGCCUUUCCCCCCAUAUCCGGGGUCAGAUGGUAUGAACCUGGGCUUGCUGGAUCAGACUAGGGGAGAAUGGUGAUUGGCGAGUUCAUAAAAGUGCCAGGAAAGUCCAAGGGUUGGUAACCCGGAACAAUUGAAUUCCUUUCACUUCUCUGUGCGCAAGAGACUGGAAGACGGGAAAGCAGGAUGAGUACGAGGCCUGUCUAACAAAAUAAUGUUGUGAUUGGAUAAAACGAGGCACUUUCAGGU